GCUCAGCUUUCCUGGAGCACCCACGCGUGCCUACCGGAGAGAUGGGGCUGGGAGGGUGCUCUGGGAUCCGAGGGAUGAUUCCGGCAGGCCCCUCCUCUCCCUGCCCGAGCCAUUGGCUCCGGCACCGCCGCCUGCCAGAGCUGAGCUCCGCCGAGGCUGGAGGGGAUGGGAGCUGGCGGUUGAGAGAAGCCAUCCUCGUCUCCCGUGGCCACCCGGGGGCCACGCCGGAGCCCGCUCGGCUCCGCCAUGUAGCGUCCCGGCCUCCUCCACCCGGCCGCGGUGGAGGGCGAGAGCGGCCGCAUGGGCAACGCGCACCGCAAGAGGAGCCCGGGGGGCGUCAAGGCCGGACCCCCAUGGCCCUUCGGCCGCGCCGGGAAGCCAGCGGCAGGCACUGCCAAGGGCGAGGGGGAGAAGCGGCUGAGCGUGCAGUACACGGCGGCCGAGGAGUGCCCCGACAAUGUCUUCUUCCCCAGCACCCGGCCCCCGCACCUGGAGGAGCUCCACAACCAGGCUCAGCAAGGACUGAAGUCCCUGCAGCACCAGGAGAAGCAGAAGCAGACCAAAAGUGCCUGGGACCACGGGGACACCAGCAGCCUCCAGUCCUGCGCAUCCUCGGAGGAUGAGAGCCUCUCCUUCCGGAGCCGGGCGGCCUCCUGUGCCACGGACAGCGCCUCUGAGGACGCCCUCUCCAUCCGCUCCGAGAUGAUCCAGCGGAAAGGUUCCACCUUCCGACCGCACGACUCCUUCCCCAAGUCCUCAGAGAGGGCUGGCAAGAAGAGGAAGGACAGGAGGACAACGGUGCUGGGCAUCCCCCAGCAUGUCCAGAAGGAGCUGGGUCUCAGGAGCAGCCGGGAAGCCAAGGGCCAUGCUGAGGUGGAUGGGCGAGGGCAGGGGGAGCUGGGGGGCAGCCAGGCUCCGCAGCCCUUGCUGAACGGCGGGCAGGUCCCUGGCGACGCCGUCCGCAUCCCCACCAUCGACGGGAAGCUGGAGCCGCAGGCUGCCCCCGGGGGGGCUCGUGUCUGUCUGGGAGCCUUGGAGGAGGCAGACAUGGCCCUGCAGAAGCACAUCAACCAGGUUUACUACGACGACAGCCUGCUGGGGAGGAAGACGGCGGCCAAGCUGUCCCCCAUGGCGAGGCCAAAGUCGUUGGCCGUGCCGGGCAUGACCACCAACGCCAGCCCCCCGGAGCUGCUGAGCCCAGUCAUGUCCAUCUCGCCCCAGGGCACCUACAUGUCCAAGAUCAUCCCCAACGCCAUCCUGCCGCCCAUGGUGGAUGUGGUGGCCCUGACGCGGAGCAGCGUGCGGACGCUGAGCCGCUGCAGCCUGGUGUCCUCCAGCCCGGCCUCGGUGCGCUCCCUCGCCCGCUUCUCGGAGCGCGGCGCCCGCAGCCGCCAGCCCUCCUCCUCCAGCGACAACUGGAGCCACUCGCAGUCCACAGAGACCAUCGUCUCCAACAGCUCCACCAUCUCCUCGCAGGGGGGCUCCGACCGCCGGCAGCCCGAGGCGGGGCCGUGUGCCGAGGUCGAUGCCUCGGCUCGCUCCGAUGCCGACCAAGUCAGUGUCUACAGCUCUGCCAGCUUCGCCAGCUCCUGCUCCAAGCCUGUCAGCAGCCCCACGCCUGUGGUCCCCGGGCUCCUGGCCGUGGGGAGCAGCAGCGGCCGAGCGUCUCCCACCUACAGCACAAGCAGCCAGGCCGAGGGCUCGGACACGGGCAGCCUGGCCAGCGAGCGCUCCUCCACCCGCAGCGUCUCCCUCAGGAAGAUGAAGAAGCCCCCAGCUCCCCCUCGCAGGACCUACUCGCUGCACCAGAAGGCCGAGGGGGAGCUCAAAGUGCUGGGGUUGCCCCCCAAGCCCGACCGGCGAGCCCAGCGGGAGACCUGGUCCCCGCAUCCCGAGCCCUUCAGCCCCACGGCCGAGGAUGAGGUCUUCUCCCCGUCGUCACUGAGCGAGACCAGCAGCCUCCGCUCCGAGAGCCUGGCUGGUGCCAGCUCGCCCGAGGCCUCGCGGGGCAGCCCCGGGGUGACAGUGGUGCUGAGGGAGCCCCAGGCUCAGCCCAAGUGGAGCUGCCUGGAUGGGUCCGACCGCACCAUGUCCCCUUCCAGCGGCUACUCCAGUCAGAGUGGGACGCCCACGCUGCCCACCAAGGGGCUGGGACCCCCAUCUGUAUCCCCGGGCAGGGCUCAGCCCCAGAAGCUGGACCGGGUCUGCACCCUGCAGUCCCCUGCGCUCUCCGUGUCCUCCUCCCUCACCUCCAUUUCCUCCUCGGCCUCAGACCCAGCGCCCCCUGAGACUCUUCCCUGCCGCUCGGACCGGUUCAUCAUCCCACCGCACCCCAAGGUGCCUGCUCCCUUCUCUCCACCACCCAUCAAACCCCAGCAGCCCGUGGCGCCCACUGGCCCCCUCCUCCCCUCGCCAGACCCACCAGUGCCCAGCACUGCCUGCCAGGAGCCCUCGGCCAAGCCCAGCGGCAAGUCUCCACCACCAUCACCACCACCUGCCUACCACCCGCCUCCCCCACCGGCAAAGAAGAUGGAAGGGAGCCCCGAGGGCACCGGCGAAACCUCCACCGACACCACCUGGCCCCCCCCGCCCCCGCCGGCUCCUGAGGAUCACGACCUGUCCAUGGCAGACUUCCCCCCUCCAGAUGAAAGCUACUUCUCCAGCCUGCCCGAUGCUGCUCCGGCGGCCGGGCAGAAGGCGGCACCAAGCCUGGGGGCUGCGUCCUCCUCCUUCUCAGCUGCCGUCACCUCCCGCAGCCAGCAGCCAGCCCCCCCGGCCGGGGCACCGCAGCCACCUGCCCCUGCUGAACCCCUUCCCGAAGCCACCGUGCCCCUGCCACCACCGCCACCGCCCCUGCCCCCUCCAGCAGCUCCGGCUCCACCGCUCCAAACCAGCCUUAAGAAGGUGGCCAACGGCCCCCGGGCAGACCCCAAGAAGGAGCCGGCGUCUCGGAGCAAGAGCAGCCCGGUGGCCAAGGAGGAUGCCAGCCUGCCCAUCGUCACCCCCUCGCUGCUGCAGAUGGUUCGGCUGCGCUCCGUCAGCGUGGAGCCGGCCGCCGGGGGCGCGGCCGGGGCCGGGGCCGGUGCCGAGGAGCGGCUGGCACCCCAAAAACCUGUCCGCCGCUCCCUGUCCACACGGCAGCCCCCCCCUGCCAAAGACGCGGUGCCUUCAAACCAGCUCCACCACGCCGUGCACCUCAAGGCUGCAGCCCUCUCCUCCGACGAGGCUGCCGAGAAGCCGCCGCCGCGCCCCGGAGCGUCCCCGCCCGGCGCCGAGGGGCCCCCCGCGGAUGGGCAGCUCUCCCCCAGGAGCAAGUCGCCGGCCUCCACCGCCAGCUUCAUCUUUGCCAAGAGCUCCAAGAAGCUGGUGAUCGAGACGGCCUCGUCCCCCGAGGCCCAGGCUGACCUGAAGAGGAACUUGGUGGCCGAGCUGAUGAAUUUCUCCGGGCAGCGCUCGGCAGCCCCUGCUGCCCCCCAGCAGGGUCCUGGCAAACCACAAACUCACCGGAAACCUGGCAAGGUUCCACCUCCAGUAGCCAAGAAGCCUUCCCUUGGCCCGGGGCUGGCUCCUUCCUCUCUGAGCCCAAAGGUCCCAGGGGCAGAGGCGCUGGGCUCCGCUGUGCCGGAUGGGAAAGCCAAGGCAGUGCCAGCAGAUGAGAGCAGGACUAAGAGCAAGCCGGCAGGGACGGUGGCCUUGGGGAUGGAGGGCAGGAGCACCACGGAGCCACCAGCUCAGAGCCCACAAGAUGGCCGGGGAGAGACAGCCUGAAGGAGAAAGCUGCAGGACUGGUGCCCCCAUGGACAGGAAUCCAAAUCUCUCAGGGACCUGGGCAGGUCAAUGGACGAGUGUGGAACUGGCAACUAACUUAAUACAGGAAGCAAACAGCCUUAGCCUCCACGGCCUUGAUGAUAUUUAUGCAAAAAUGGUGUUGGUUUCACUUUCCUAAGUACUGCAGCUUUUAUUUUGCUCUUUUUUUUAAGUACUGGACUCAGAGGCCUGUGCCCAGAGCCACCUCAGAGGCCUGUGCCCAGAGCCACCUCAGAGGCCUGCGCCCAGGGCCACCUCCUCUCCCUGCCAGCUGCUGCUUGGUUUGUGUGUGCAGAGCAGAGCAGCAGGGCAGAGAGGAGGGAGCUGGAGCCACUGGAG